CACACUCAUAGCAUCCCCUUUCUGUUCAUACUCUCUCUUUCGCACUCGACCUUCUCCUUUUGUAAACACUCUCACUUGCUCUUUUGCUUGUGAAAUUUAACUCUCUUUCUCUCUCUGAGACAUACACGAGCGCACAAUCAUUUGUGGGGACAGCAUACUCGCUGUUUUCCUCGUGCAUAGAAGCGUAGAGCAAGCAAAACUAGCGUCUGACGUCUGAGCCAGAGCGGAGCUAAGCCAAACCUAAACCCGAACGCAGUCAAGUUGAGUCGCGUCGUCAUGGAUAUCGCCAUUCAGCAUCCUUGGUUCAGACGGGCCCUAAGCUCCUUCUACCCUGCCCGCCUCUUUGACCAAUUCUUCGGAGAAGGCCUGUUCGACUACGACCUCUACCCAUACGCCGCCUCCACCAUCAGUCCUUUCUACCGCCAGUCACUCUUCCGCAACUUUGGAGACUAUGCCAACUCAGGCAUGUCUGAGGUGAGAUCUGACAGAGACAGGUACUACAUAUACCUGGAUGUGAAACACUUCUCCCCUGAGGAACUCAACGUGAAGGUGAUGGAUGACUGUGUGGAAAUUCAUGGCAAACAUGGGGAGAGACAGGACGACCACGGCUACAUCUCACGUGAGUUCCACCGCCGCUACCGUCUGCCCGCCAACGUGGACCAGUCCGCCAUGAGCUGCUCGCUGUCCACCGACGGCAUGCUGACCCUCUACGGCCCCAAGACUGGCUCCGGCUCCGACGGCCCGCGCUCUGACCGCAAUAUCCCCGUCAUCCGCGAGGACAAGAGCAACGCCGCGCCCUCCUCUUAGACGGGCACCACCAGCUGUGCCAGGUGGCUGAGUGGGGGAGAGGAGGGGGAUGGGAAAGGAGGGGUGGCAUCGGGGCACCUGAGGGGGUUUGGGGGGAGGGGGGUCAGUUGAGUAGAGGUUUGGAACGGGCAAGGUCAGUGAGGUGUCCUUUCAUCCAUGUUGAAAACAUAGCCAGUGGAUGAGGGACAAUGGUCAAGCAAAUCCCCUCAUUCUGUGCUCCAAGUCCUACUCAUCCAACUCUAGCUCCCACCUCUUUCAGCCUCCUCCUUCCUCUUCCACCCCUAGUCCUCCAGAAAAGAUCACGGUGUACAUCUAGCCUAAUAUUCUCUCUCCUUUUCACUAGACCAUGUGCUAUAAUCACAACCAUUAAUAUCAUUGUCUUACACUGCUUCUGAGGAUGGAUGGAGAAGUGGGGGCGCAGGUGGGCGUGGUGGUUUGAACAUCGCUGUGGCCCCACCCGAGUCGUCAUACCUCCCAGGUCUAAUUGAAGGUGUCUUUGAGUUACACUAAAAAAAGCCUUGCCUACUUUCCAACACAAUUUUUGUUGGGUGAAGCAAAGUCGACCUGAUCCCUUGACCUCUCAAGGACACAGUUAAUGUAAGGUAGUAGAGGUGGCCAGGGUCAUAUCUUGCAAUGGGAAAGGGGUUGUUGAUACUGGGAGAAAAAGGGGGGGAUCAUUCAAGUUAGGUGUCCAAAGGUUUCCCAUUUCAGUUGGAUUAUCAGUCACUGGGACCACCCACCCAUCCAGGCUUCUUCUCCACUCCUUUGUCUUGACUCUUACGAUCCCUUCUCUCUUGUGUCAGACAAAACUUUCCUGUCCUGUAGCACUAGCCCCUGUUCUGCUGAUAUCUGAAAUUACUUGAGAGGUAUACACUAAAAAGUCAGUACAAUAAAGUUGUAUCAUUAACCCAUAAA